AUGGCAGAGGAGGAGGGGGGUGUGGAGGAGGGGGAUGUGUUCCUAGCCUUCGCCCAGGGUCCCACUCCUCCUCGGGGCCCCCUGCGGCGUGCUUUGGACAAGAUCUUCCUCACCUUCUUGGUCCUCUUCCUGACACUGCUGAUGCUGGAGGCUGCUUACAAACUGCUGUGGCCCCUGCCAUGGGCGACGUGGUGGGACCAGCUCCUGGAGACACCUGAGGAGGAAGAGGCGCUGGAACUGUAGCAGCUCCCGAUAAGACAUCCUGUCCUUGCUACCGAGGUGAGGACGCCGACUGCAGAGAGGUGGGGUGGGAGGCACAGCUUAGGCCAGCGCUCU